UUACGUGAAAACGUGCGCGUGGAAAGGCAUCUUUGCCAUCGUCCGCCGUUUGGUCCAAUGCGGAUGCAGUGCAGCAGCUGGAGCAGUGAGCUAAGCCGCCAGAGAUGAAGUUCGCCGAGCAUUUGACGGCGCAUAUAACGCCAGAAUGGCGCAAGCAGUACAUUAAUUAUGAGGAAAUGAAGGCCAUGCUGUAUGCAGCCAUUGAGCAGGCGCCCUCCGCGGAGCUGGUGGAUCGCGAGAUGGUAACACGCUAUUUCGCCAAGUUUGAUGAGGAGUUCUUCCACUACUGCGACAAGGAGCUGGCCAAGAUCAAUACCUUUUACUCGGAGAAGAUGGCGGAGGCAACGCGCAAAUAUGGCAGCCUGCGCAGCGAACUGACAGAGGCUUUGGAAUUGGGCCAUGUGAAGAAGCAGCCCGCCUGGAAGCGGCGCACACCGCUGGUCAAGAAGGAUGCGCCCGCACGCAAGUUACAGGAUCUCAAGUUGGCAUUUAGCGAGUUCUAUUUGGGUUUGAUACUGCUGCAAAACUAUCAGAACUUAAAUUUUACUGGCUUCCGCAAGAUACUCAAGAAGCACGAUAAACUGCUCAGCGUGGACUUUGGAGCACGCUGGCGCACCGAUCACGUGGAGGCGGCGCAUUUCUAUACAAACAAAGACAUCGACAGGUUAAUACAGGAAACGGAACAGGCCGUCACCCAGGACAUUGAGGGCGGCGACAGACAACGCGCCAUGAAGCGCUUGCGAGUUCCGCCGCUGGGCGAGCAGCAGAGUCCUUGGACCACAUUCAAGGUGGGCCUGUUUUCCGGUGCGUUUGUGGUGCUCUUCCUGACCGUCAUCAUAUCUGCCAUGUUCUACGGCUUUGGUGAGAACUGGCGCGUGGGCCUGCGCAUGUUCCGAGCGCCGUUUCUGAUCACCGAAUGCCUCUUUCUCUGGGGCGUCAAUGUCUAUGGCUGGCGUUCGUCCGGUGUCAAUCAUGUGCUCAUCUUUGAGCUAGAUCCGCGCAAUCAUCUGUCCGAGCAGAACAUUAUGGAAAUUGCUUCCGUAUUCGGCGUCAUUUGGGCCUGCUGUGUCCUGUGCUACAUAUUCUGCGAACCAUUGGGCAUUCCACAGUAUGCAGCUCCGCUGUUUCUGUACACCUUGAUGGUAACCUUCCUGCUGAAUCCCACAAGGACGUUUCAUCACGAGGCCCGCUAUUGGGCGCUGCGCGUGCUCAGUCGCGUCAUCAUGGCUCCGUUUUGCUUUGUUAACUUUGCGGAUUUCUGGCUGGCCGAUCAGCUGAACAGCAUGGUGCCCGCAUUUCUGGACAUACCCUUUCUAAUGUGCUUCUUUGGUCGCAAUCCCACGUGGCAUAAGGCGGGCGAAGCUGGCAAUCACUGCGUGCAGUAUGUUUCAAUCCUGCAUCCCAUUGUGGCCAUUUUGCCCGCCUACUUUCGGUUUGCCCAAUGCAUACGACGCUAUCGGGACACGAAGGAGGCAUUUCCACAUCUGGUGAAUGCUGCCAAAUAUGCGACAUCUUUCUUUGUGGUUAUCUUUGCGCAUAAAUACCAUACGACAACAGAUAGCUAUCCGCUGUCGAAGGAGAAUCCCUGGUUCUACUGUUGGAUAACCGCGGCCCUGUUCUCAUCCUGUUACGCCUACACGUGGGACAUCAAAAUGGACUGGGGCCUGUUCGAUUCCAAGGCGGGCGACAAUCGAUUUUUGCGUGAGGAAAUCGUUUAUUCAUCGACGUGGUUCUAUUACUUUGGCAUAAUUGAGGAUUUAAUAUUGCGUUUCAGCUGGACGCUCUCGAUGAGCCUUAUUCAGGCCGGCUACAUUGAGGGCGAUGUUAUGAUGACCAUACUCAGUCCGCUUGAGGUGUUCCGGCGCUUCAUCUGGAACUAUUUCCGCCUGGAGAACGAGCAUCUCAACAAUGUGGGCAAGUUUCGAGCCGUGCGCGAUAUAUCAGUGGCGCCCAUGGAUUGCUCAGAUCAGACCACAAUACUGCGCAUGAUGGAUGACACGGAUGGCGUGCUUAAUCGUAGGCGUGGCAAGGCCGCUGGCGGCUCUGGCGGCAAAUCUGGCAACAAGAAGAACAAACAUGAACAGCAGCGUUUACUCCUUCAAGGCGAAUCCGUUGAGGAUCUGUGUGCCUAGUGCACGGACCUCCGUUAACAUCCAACCCAUUGUGCACAAAUAUUAAGUAUACGUAAAUAUAAAAUACA